AUGGCUAGGGAGAAGGAGACGACUGGGGACGGCGAAGAUACGUCUAUAACUGUGUCUGUGCACACGGCUGCUAUUAUACUCAACAAGAAGCUGCGGCUCACCGGGUUUAGUUUUCCAGAAACAAGAAUGGCAAUGGCGUUCGCUACACCAACCAACACUUUCAAGAAACCCCCGUCUUAUUUCUGGUUUUGUCAUCCAUGCCCUCGUUCAACUACUUCCAUAGUGACAUCUUCUUCUUGUCGGUCUAUGCGGAGUUCUGAUUCUAACAAGUCCCUUUACAGGUGGCAAGUUCAAAAUCUCCAUACUACAAAAGAUCGUUUUUGCAGUACGUCCAUGGCCCUUACUCCCUUUGGAUUCAGCUCAUGGUCAAAUGUUAGUACCAUGUCCUUUGAUGAAAGCCGAAGAUAUGCCUACACAAGAAAUAAUCAAUCAUAUGCUGAUUUCAGGCUUCAUGUAGAAUCAAAAAGUGGUAAUUCAUAUGCUCGAAUGGUGCCACGUGGCAAUAAAGAUGGAAUCCAGGAAAACACUUGCAUCACACCUGUCUUGGACACUCAUCCACAAAACCUAUUCAGAAAAAAAGAUGAGAAACCACAAACAUGGAGUCAAGCAAGAGAAUAUGCAGGAUCUGUCAUAACUGAGCCCUGUAAACAUGAGGAUAUACAAGAAUCUUUAAGAAAGUCUCAAACCUUGUCACCACAUGUUAAUGUUGUCCCAAAAAAGGACUUAAAAUUGGAGAAACCUAAGUUGGAGCAAACCAUGUCACCACCUCAAGGGCAAAAACGUCCGGAGUUGAAGCAAAAGUUUUCAGAAGACACGCCUGUUAAUGGUGUCCAGAAAAAUGAAUUGAAAUUGGAGAAACCUAAGUUGGAGGAUUUGAAUGAAACGUAUAUUGUUCCAUUAGAUUUUAAGGAGUAUUCUCAUUUACAGAAGAAGCUUACAAGCAUUUAUGACAAGGUUCUUGUAGUUGAUAACAUCUCCAUAGCCAAACAAGUGGUUGAAAAGCUUACAACUCAGUAUCGUCAUCUAGUCCAUGCAUGUGACACAGAGGUGGCUGCAAUUGAUGUGAAGCAGGAGACACCUGUUGAUCAUGGAGAGGUUAUAUGCUUCAGCAUUUAUUCAGGGCAUGAAGCUGAUUUUGGAAAUGGAAAAUCUUGUAUCUGGGUUGAUGUUCUUGAUGGUGGUGGAAAAAGUAUGUUGGAUAUAUUCUCACCUUUUUUCGAAGACCCAUUUAUUAAAAAGGUUUGGCAUAACUAUAGCUUUGAUAACCAUGUUAUAGAGAAUUACGGUCUUACCCUUGGUGGUUUUCAUGCGGACACAAUGCAUAUGGCACGAUUAUGGGAUUCUUCUAGAAGAAUGUCGGGUGGGUAUUCUCUAGAAGCACUUACUAGUGAUUCAAAGGGAAUCAUGUCAGGAGCUAAUUUAGGUCCUAACGAAGAGUUAAUCGGGAAAGUAUCAAUGAAAACCAUUUUUGGGAGGAAAAAGCUGAAGAAAGAUGGUAAGGAGGGUAAAGUUGUCAUUAUUCCUCCCGUUGAAGAGCUUCAAAGGGUAGAACGGGAACCAUGGGUUUGUUACUCUGCUUUGGAUUCGAUAAGUACUCUCAAGCUUUACGAGAGAUUGAAAAGUAAACUAUCGAAUAGGGAGUGGAAGUUUAAUGGGGUUACAAAGGGGACAUUGUUUGAUUUUUAUGAACAAUAUUGGCGUCCUUUUGGGGAGCUUUUGGUGAAAAUGGAAACCGAAGGGAUGCUGGUUGAUCGUGAUUAUCUAAUGGAAAUUGAGAAAGUAGCAAAAGUGGAGCAACAGAUUGCUGCUGAUAGAUUUAGAAACUGGGCAUCAAAGCUGUGUGCAGAUGCAAAGUUUAUGAAUGUUGGAAGUGAUACACAGUUACGACAGCUCUUUUUUGGUGGCAUUGAAAACAGCAAAGAUCAAAGUCAAUCUCUUCCAAUGGAGAAAGAGUUUAAAGUUCCAAAUGUUGACAACAUUAUUGAAGAAGGCAAAAAAACCGCGACUAAAUUCCGUAAAAUCAAACUGCAUGCGAUUUGUUCUGGUCUACAAACAGAGACAUACACUGCAUCCGGAUGGCCUUCUGUUUGUGGGGAUGCUUUGAAAACCCUUGCUGGAAAGAUAUCCAUGGAUUAUGAUUUUAUAGAUGAUGACAAUGAAGAGCUGGAUGAAAACACAAGUGAUGAUUUUAUUGAUAAAAAACCCGGAAAUUUCUCUAAAAUUUCUGAAAAUUCUUAUGGCACGGCUUAUGAGGCGUUUGGUGGGGGGUCUGAAGGACAGGAGGCUUGUCAUGCAAUUGCUGCGUUAUGUGAAGUUUGCUCUAUCGACUCGUUGAUUUCCAACUUCAUUCUUCCUUUACAGGGUAGUCAUAUAUCUGGUAGAAACGGGCGUAUUCAUUGUUCGUUGAAUAUCAACACGGAAACAGGACGCCUAUCUGCUAGGAGACCAAAUCUGCAGAAUCAACCUGCUUUAGAGAAGGAUAGAUACAAGAUUCGUCAGGCGUUUAUAGCAGCACCUGGGAACUCUCUUAUCGUUGCUGAUUAUGGACAGUUGGAGCUUCGGAUUCUUGCACAUCUUGCAAACUGUAAGAGCAUGUUGGAUGCGUUUGAAGCUGGUGGAGAUUUUCAUUCAAGAACUGCCAUGAACAUGUAUCCUUACAUCCGUGAAGCCAUUGAAAGUAAACAAGUUCUUCUAGAAUGGCAUCCUGAACCUGGUCAAGAAACUCCACCUGUUCCUCUUCUAAAGGAUAUGUUUGCUUCUGAAAGGAGAAAAGCGAAGAUGCUUAAUUUUUCCAUUGCAUAUGGGAAAACUGCUGUUGGGCUGUCACGUGACUGGAAGGUUUCGGUUAAUGAAGCAAGAGAAACGGUUGCUCGGUGGUAUGGAGGUAGAGAAGAAGUGCUGAGGUGGCAAGAAGCGCGUAAAAAGGAAGCUCGCAGAAUCGGAUGUGUGUAUACAUUGUUAGGACGUGCACGCACUUUUCCAUCUACCAAAAAUGCCCCUGCAUCUCACAGAGGUCACAUUGAACGUGCUGCCAUUAAUACCCCCGUCCAGGGAAGUGCUGCUGAUGUUGCUAUGUGUGCCAUGUUGGAAAUAUCUAAGAAUGCUCGUUUGAGAGAACUUGGGUGGAAGCUGCUUUUACAGGUUCAUGAUGAAGUGAUAUUGGAAGGGCCAACAGAGUCGGCAGAGAUUGCAAAGAAGAUAGUGGUGGAUUGCAUGUCAAAGCCUUUUGAUGGGAAGAACAUUCUCAAAGUUGGGCUAUCAGUUGAUGCUAAGUUUGCCAAGAACUGGUACUCUGCCAAAUAGACUAGAGUCAUUGAUUGGUGAUGGAAGUUUUGUCUGCCUGUGUGUUAAUUUUGUAUGAGUCUGGAUCUUGAAUAAUGAUUUUAGGUCCUGCUUCCUUGUAAAGUAGAAGUAGUAGUUUUUGAGUGACUUUGCAAAAGAUUGAUUCAUGUGUAUUUGCUUUGUAUAUAGUUUUCUUAGGUGUUUAGCUUCUGGUAUUAUUUAUAUGUAACUUGCAUUCUAAGUAAGUGUAAAAAAGAUGUUGAAGCCACUUGGUGUUUUUUUUUU